AUGGCAGCUUCAUCUCUCCUUCUCUUCCACAAACCCACCUGCAAUUUCUGUUUUGAUCCUUCCUCUGUUCCCGCUUUCAAAAAUUCCGCUCGAUUUCUUAGUUCGACCUCAAACUACGUCCCUUUGAAUCGGAGGAGAAUCUGGUCUGGCUCUGGUCGAAAAACUAUGGCCGAUUCAGCCAGAACCCAUGCUUGGAGUGACGGUAACAAUAACGACGGUGAAGAACGAUUUCAGACGCUAGAGCCAGACGCUUUCAUCAAUACUUCGUCGGAGCUCCAGAACGAUUUGGUCUCCGACACCGGUGGGAUCGAAGCCGUCGCUAAUCGUCUGAGCAAAUGGGUUGUAGCUGCUCUGUUUGGAUCCGUUCUGCUUCUACGACAUGACGGUGCUGCUUUGUGGGCUGUGAUUGGAUCGGUUUCAAAUUCUGCGCUUUCGGUAGCUCUGAAACGCAUACUUAACCAAGAGAGACCGGUUGCUACUUUGCGUUCUGAUCCUGGGAUGCCUUCUUCUCACGCCCAAUCCAUUUCUUUCAUCACUGUGUUUACUGUCUUGUCCGUUAUGGAGUGGCUUGGAACCAAUGAAAUCUCUCUGUUCCUUAGCGGCAUCAUCCUUGCACUGGGUUCUUACUUUACAUGGUUAAGGGUUUCCCAGAAGCUUCACACGACCAGUCAAGUGGUGGUAGGUGCAAUCUUGGGUGCUGCUUUCUCCACCUUAUGGUACAUAACUUGGAACUCACUUGUUCUUGAAGCUUUUGCCUCAUCAUUCUCAGUACAAGUAGCCGUCUUUAUGGUUGCUGCUGCAUCUGCUCUAGGUUUUGCAGUAUAUGUGCUACUUAACUGGUUUAAAGAUGACAGAUAA